CAAAAGUCCGGAUUUAACGUCACAUUAAGCUCCGAAGGUCGCUCAUACCUGGUUCUACUGUAUACUGUUUGCUCAUACGCAUUUGAAACUAUUCAGAGUCCAUUGCUGUUCUUUAUAGGAGAAAUCUAUCUUAUUUUUUACGUAUCUUCAUAGCUCUAACAAUGCCAAGAGGAAGCAGAAGCCGAACAUCUAGGAUGGCACCGCCUGCAAGCCGGGCGCCACCACCACCCCCCAUGGCCAGGGCUGCACCUCCGUCCUAUGCCCCAGCUCCUACCCAUGCCCCUCCAUCUGCCAUGGCAGCACCUGCUACGGCCCCCAGGCAGCCUGGCAUGUUUGCCCAGAUGGCAACUACCGCUGCGGGAGUAGCCGUGGGCUCGGCUGUAGGGCACACCAUUGGCCAUGCAAUGACUGGGGGCUUUGGUGGUGGCGGAGGUAACUCAGAGGCUGCCAAGCCUGACGUCACAUAUCAGGAGCCCUACCAGGCCCAACCUAUGUACCAGCAGCCUCCCCCUAUGUAUCAGCAACCGCCCCAGUCCAUGUACACACAGGAGCCCCAAGCCCCACAGAGCUCCUGUGCAUAUGAGCUCAAGCAGUUCAUUGAGUGUGCCCAGACCCAGAGUGACCUCAAGAUGUGUGAAGGCUUCAGUGAGGUGCUGAAACAGUGCAAAACAAAUGGAUUCUCAUGAGUGUGAUGAUCCUUGACACUGCUGAAUGCACAUGAACAUGUGUAUGUACAGAUGGUGACAUUUUCAAAAGCUCAAUAGACUUAAUAUGGUAUUUAAUCAAAGGCUUAUUAAUCAUCAAUCUUACAUAAUAAAGCAGUCUGUCAGACUUGUAAAGGUGGUAUUGUGUAUAAUGUUUAUUUUUGGUUUGAGGCAUGUGUUAAGAUGACGUUCCUUGUUCCAAAUGUUCAGUAUUUCAUAGGCGUCAGUGCUUUGGCUUGUGAUGAAGGCAGUUCUUGAAUACUUUUUACCAUCACAAUGUACUCAAAUGACCUCUACACGUUCCUGAAUUAUGUGAAUUAUGGUUUUAACAUCACAAUUUGCUUUUAACAAGUAAGCAGGUUAUAAUAAAGCACCUGGGCCUUGAGUCCAUUGGACCAAGUGUGGAGUUGUUUUUAUCAGGUGUUAUUUUUCUCAGCCCUGCUGCCUACUGUAUUGCACUGUAUGUCCAUACUGCAGUACUACAUCAAGUCUUGCAUAGUGUAUGCAAAUCCAAAACAGGUUGAUAUAGUAUUGUCAUGUAUUUCACCUAUUGCAAACAUGUAACCAAAUAUUUUUCCCUUAAAGCUGUUUUGCUUUCAUCUGACCACAUGCCCUGAAGGAUACUAUACAUUUGCAGCAAGUAGAAUAAAGUUCCUGACCCAAAAACAUUAGAAGGAAAAUACUUAUAUCUGUGAUAAUAAACAUGUAAGUAAUUACUAUGAA